UUUCCGGAUCGCGCGCGCCAGUGGUGCAGCAGCUGAGCUUCGUGCGACGGCAGCGCGAGCCGCGCAGGUCUCGUGUUUUCCACCACGGAUAGUAAUUAGAGAGCUGGUGCGACCCCUUCACGGAGCUGCCACUCUGUCCCUGCCGCUUGUCCACGCACUGCGCGUCAAAACGUCUCCCCUCAGUGCGUAAUUUGGCGCAACUGGACGCGCAACUCUACAAGGAAUCUCCCUCCUCCCAACUCUGUCUGUGGGUCUCUGCUCGUUGGAAAGGCUGGUUCUCCUGCCCAGGUGUGACAUUCUCGGCGUGCCUCACUGGAACCACAGCCGACAAGAUGACGGACCCAUCCCCGCCAGACUCCGCCGCCGUCCCGGAACCGGCUUCUGGUGUGGAGCCCACGGCGGUGAACGGCCAGUGCGAGCAGGCGGAUUCCCCGCAGCAGCAGGAGAACAACACAGAAAGUCAGGGAGAGGGUUUCAAGAUGGAUCAGGAGAUGAAGAUAACAGAGAGCAUAGAGGAUCGGGGUCUUCUGGAGAGCAGCAUGCGCCUGAAGCCUCAUGAAGCACAAAGUUACCGAAAGAAAGCUCUCUGGGUGUCCUGGGCGUCGAUCGUGGCCACCAUCAUCCUAGCUAUCGCCGCUUUCACUGUGUCCAUCAUGCGCCACAGUGCUGCUGCUUUUGGAUUUGCUUUUGACGCCACGCUGGACGUGCUGUCCUCCGUCAUUGUGCUGUGGCGCUACAGCAACGCAGCCGCCGUCCAUUCGGCGCACCGUGAAUACAUAGCUUGCGUGAUCCUGGGUGUGAUCUUCAUCCUGUCCUCCCUUUGCAUCAUGGGAAAAGCCAUCCAUGACCUGGCCACCAAGCUGCUGCCAGAAGUGGACAACUUCCUGUUCAGCGUGUCCAUCGUCAGCGGCCUGGUGUGCGUCGUCCUGGCCGUGAUCAAGUUCAUGCUCGGCAAAGUGCUGACCAGCCGAGCGCUCAUCACCGAUGGAUUUAACUCUCUGGUUGGAGGCAUCAUGGGGUUCUCCAUCCUCAUCAGUGCUGAAGUGUUCAAACAUGAGCCCAAGGUGUGGUACCUGGACGGAACAGUAGGGGUCCUCAUGGGCCUCAUCAUCCUCGUCUACGGAGUCAAGCUGCUGCGGGACAUGAUCCCCCGGGUCAGGCAGACCAGGAACUACGAGCGCUUUGAGUGACGGGUCACACAGGACACAAAGGGACGGAGGGGGGACAGGAGAGACACUCUGUCCACAGAAACCCACUCAUUCUUGGAGCUGAAGACGUCUCUGUCCGCCCACGACUGGACUGACGGGGACAGCGAUGACGGAUGAAACCUUUGGGAACUUUUCUGUGUUUUCCAGUUCAGUGUACAUACAGCAUAUCUCACCCUGUGGUCACAGUGGGUGGGCGCUCCGCUUCUUCACGUGUCCAGAGGUUCAGCGUAGCUCAGCUGUAACAGCAGCACACGGUUCCUGGAGGCCGGCGCUCAGCUGGGCUGUAAAACGCUGCAGCUGACUGAUGGAGCAGCUCUCUAUUACCACAGUUUGACUUUUUUAUGACUACAGAGAGGAUGUGUCAGUGCAAAGGUCCAUUAGGCAAAGGAAGCAGGUACGAUGUUAUGGUGGCUGAGCUCCAGCUCUCAGCCCGGUCCAAGAUGUGUUUUCUUUAUUCUGACAACCCAAAAAAAAAGCAACAUUUUAUGUCAAACAUUUUUAUUUUCUUUAGAAUCCAGAAAUUUCAACUGAAAUCUGAGUGCAAAGAUUCAAAAUUUCAGGGUCAAAAUUAUUAUCCUCUCUAUGAAACUUAAAGCUUUUGUCAAAGAUUUCUCAACAGAUCAAUAAUUUAAAGAUCAUAGUUUUGAUUUAAUCCAAAAGCUACCAGUGUCAAUAUCUACUUAGUUUUACCGUAAUUGAUUGAUUGAUUGAUUGAUUGAUUGAUUAGAAGCUGUGAGCAUUACAAAGUAGAAGAACAUAAUUUCACUAUUGUGGUUUGUGCUAACGUUUUUAGAGUUUGUGAAAGAAUUUGGUUUCUGUGUGCAAAGCAAACUAAUGCAAGCAUCCAAAAUAAAAACUAGGAGUGUUUGGGAAAAGAUGGAUUGAAGAAUGAUUAAUUUGUUUAACAGCGUUAAAAAAAUAUAUUUGACAAAAACUUCAAAUUAGGUAGAGGGGGGUAAUAAUUUUGACUUCAUCUUUAUGUAUGUGAGACGGACGGACAAAUGGAAAUAAGUCAAACUCUAAUAUUUUUCCAAUAUUUUGUUAUCUCGUAUUAAUUAAUUAAAGUAACUCAACAGGGUCAGUAAUUGCACCAUCUACUGACCAAAAGAAGUUACUGCAACAUCUACAACAAAUCCAUUUAAACCUGUUUCAGUUAUUUCAGCUGCUAACUCUUUUUUUAUUAGUCUGAAACUAACCCAUCAACUUUAAAGCCUGGAUAAAGAUAAAGUUAAAUAGUUUCCUCCCAGAUUGUGGUUUCAUUAAGUUAUUCUGGACAAAAUCUCAAUCAUUUAUCAAGUCAACAUGUGAGCUGUUUGCUUUGGCAAAGCUCCUAGUUUAAUCUUGACGCGUGAACAAAUGAUACAGUAAUAAAACUUCCUUCAUGUUCAUCAUUUACUUCUUUUCUGACCGGAAAUAUCUCAUCCAAGCUUCUAACUCUGUACUCAUAUUUAAAUCUAAAGCCUUAAUUUUGCAGAUGGUUGAAAUGUAAAUAUUAGUAAACGGUGAGAUUUGAUUUGUUGGGUGUGAAGGUCAGGUUACAGCAGGUUAUUGUUCUUUUUAUGAGCUUUCCUCAUAGCUGUAAAUGAAUGUAAACACUGCUUUGAUGCUAACUUGAUGUUCAGGUGAAUCAGUCUUUUAUUGCAGCGUAAUCUCAACCUGGAAACUGUAGUUUAUGCUGCAGCAUUAAAACGUGGGAUGAAAAAUUUAAGUUUACAAGUUUAGCUUGGUGCAUCGUGAACGUUUUUCAGUAUGUUUCUGUGUAAAAUUUCUAUGAUGUUGAAGAAAUGCAGAAGCUGAGCCGUUUGUCACUGGAAGAAGACUUAUUUAAAAAUAAAGCUUUUUCCCAAUGA